AGAGCGCGGCGCGUGACCAUCACAUGACCGCAGCGGCAAUAUGGCGAGUGCGACCACGGCGCUGACGCAGGGGCUGGAGCGGAUCCCGGACCAGGUUGGCUACCUGGUGAUCAGCGACGGGGCCGUGCUGGCGUCCUCGGGGGACCUGGAGAACGACGAGCAAACGGCCGCGGUGCUCUCGGAGCUGGUGGGCACCGCCUGCGGGCUGCGGCUGCAGCGCGGCCACGACCCCCCCUUCAAGCGGCUCUCGGGGGCACCGCUCGUCCCCCAGUGCCGUUUGUGCCCGCGGGGGAGGAGGCUGAAGACCAAGUGCCUCCCGUCCCGUCCCCGCCGGCUCCUGCUGCCGUCCCUGCCUCCCGCCGAUGGCUCCUCCAGUGGUGUGUCCAGGGCCGCUCGGUGGCUCCGGUGCCACCCGCCUGGCGCAUUGAUUGAGACAAUAAACAGCCCCCCAGCUGCCUCCUUUGUGCCCCACCCCACCGUUCCUGGUCCUUGCUCCCCACCCGAGUCCCCUCAGCAUUGUCCUGGGGGCGUCUCCUCCCUGUCCCUAUCCCCCAGUGACAAAUCGGUGCCAUGCCCAACCCAACUCUUUUAUUGGCACCCGCAGAAACAAAUAAAUAAGGAGCAGAGGUGCCACAGGGGGCAGGUGGCAUCCCCAUCCCUAGGGGGAGGGGGAUGGUAGUGCAGGUCACCCCUACACACCCCUUGGGGUGGUCCCAGUGUGCCCCCUCCCCAUGGUCCCAGGGAUAGGUCCUGGUCCCUUUGCAGCCAAACUGGAAGCCAGAGGAGUGCAGAAGUCUUCUUGGUGCCCAUGCCCUGGCCAGUCCCGCGCGGGGGGGGGGCGGGAGGGGGACACGGCCUCACCCCCAGCCCCUACCACUUGUGCCCCUCAAAGGCCCAUACCGCUUGUGCCCCC